AUGUCAGAAGCACCUAAGCCUCAUCAGAAGGAAGGGUUCAUGGAGAGGUUCUUCCACCACCAUCGCGAGGAAGCCAAACGAGAGGAUGAGCAACACCAAAAUACACAACAACACAACGAGCAUGGCAAGGAGCCUCAACAUUCCAAGGAGUCUAAAUUGGAUAAGUUUAAGGACUACAUGCAUGAGGAAGAGGACCUCGAUGAGGCUGGACAGACUUAUGCUGGGCUGAUGUGA